GCCAGUCGGACAAAGACGGCGCGUCAGCCAAUCGGACGGGGCCGUUCCACACUGCUGGCGCAAGGUAUAAAAGGCCCCAGAGCGGCGGGGCUGGCUAGCAGUGUAGUUUCUCAGUUGUCGACUGACGCAGCUGUGUUGUGUUCGCAUCCGUCAUCAUGUCUGGCCGCGGAAAGCAGGGAGGCAAAGCUCGCGCCAAGGCAAAGUCGCGCUCUUCCCGGGCCGGUCUGCAGUUUCCCGUGGGCCGUGUGCACCGCUUGCUCCGCAAGGGCAACUACGCCGAGCGGGUCGGCGCCGGCGCCCCGGUUUACAUGGCGGCCGUGCUGGAGUACCUGACGGCUGAGAUCCUGGAGCUGGCGGGCAACGCGGCCAGGGACAACAAGAAGACGCGUAUCAUCCCCCGUCACCUCCAGCUGGCCAUCCGCAACGACGAGGAGCUCAACAAGCUGCUGGGCAAGGUGACCAUCGCCCAGGGCGGCGUGCUGCCCAACAUCCAAGCCGUCCUGUUGCCCAAGAAGACCGAGAGUCACCACAAGACCAAGGGCAAGUAAACGGACUCGGAGCUCCCGGGGCCCGAAAGGCUCUUACCCGAAACCAACGGCUCUUUUCAGAGCCACCCACCCUGUCAAAGAAAAGGUGCUGUUUCCGAACGCCACUGCCAAGGCAGUCACGCUGUUUGUCACCCGCCUCCUUUAACCCCAAACGCUUCCCUGGUCCCAACGCCAGCUGAAACCGAACGAGAGGCUUUUAAAAAAAAAGGCCCCUUCUUGUACUCGCAAACGAGGACGGGCGGGCGGCUGGCAACCUGCGCUUCGCCCUUGCCUCGCCCUUCCUCACCGGCGUCCAGCGCGCUGCCGCUUGGGACUUUUAGUUCCUCUUGGCCACUGGAGAGGUGGCAAAAAGUUUCUCUAGCACACAAAACAGUUUGUGGGGAUUCCGGCGGCUAGCUCCGGACUCUGGCCCGGCGGGCUGGGACCCCCAAACUUCGGAGUUUCAAUAAAGUAUCGUUGACCUAA